GGGAGUCCGGAACAGAGACAGCGUCGAUAUAAUAUAGUCCUCCGUCAGAGUGACUGCGCUCUUCCCUGCUGGCGGGGCUGAACAAACCUCCCGCCGUCACAGAAUCACAGCACAGACGGCGAUUCGAUCUGCGUGAUUCGUUUCAUCCCUUUCCCUUCCUUUCCUUUUCCAUUUCCUUUUUCUUUCAUUUCAUUUCUAUUCCACUCGCCAGAAUUCAUCCUCCCUCCGUCUUCCUGCAUCGAAUCCACCUGCCAUCCCCACCCAAAACCCACCUCCGCCGCGUUUCGCCCGAUCCCUCCGAAAAGCCAAAGAAAUCCUUCUGCGCGACAUCCUCGUCCCCCGUUUUCCCCCUCCUCCCCUCUCUUCCCUCCCUGUCCGGCUCUCGUCAUUGGCGCACGCUCAUCAUGGCCGACGCUCGCAAGCGCCCGCAGUCCGAGACGGAGCGCCAAUCACCCUCCUCCACCUCGCUUGCCCACCGCACUCGCGCGCCGCCAACAGCCCAGCACACCCGGCGCCAAAUUUCGCCCUCCUCUGGCCCCCGCGACGCCGCCGUCAGCGCCAACCCCGUCACACACGGCGCUAACCCCGGCGCUGCUGACGACGACGACGAGGACGAUUACACCUCCUCUUCGGGAAGUGAUAGUGAUAGUGACGGCGACGACAGCGACGAUGCCGAGCGCAGUGACGACCAGCACGCCCGGCGGCUAGACAGUGACGUCAAAAGCCACGACGGGGAUGCGAGUGCUGGUGCUGGUGCUGGUGCUGACGCUGAUCAGCGCAUGCCGCAUGUCUCGGGGCGCGCGAAGCCGCGGAUUCAUCGCGUCCAGGACGACCAGGGCCUGAUGUCGCGCUUGUCGGCUUUUUUGCCGCAGAUGAAGUCCGCCAACGAGGAUUUGCAGCGCGAGAUUGACGCCGGCCGGGGCAUGGAUUUGAG